AUGGAUCAUGGCUGUAUUGUAAAAAUUACAACUUCUCAUUCGGGAGCCUCGUGCCUUGAGGAAAAGGACCAUCCGGACUUGCUUGUUGCUACGCAGAUUAUACCACCAAACAAGUCUCAACAAAGAGUGAUGUUGUCGGUGUGGAUGUUUCUGUUAGUGGCAACAACGGAUAGUGCCACUAGUCAUAGUGAUAGUCGUGGCAACAAAUCCAUAGCUCAAAUUAUGGCAGAUUUGAAAGCCAUUAUUGGAAAGCUUGUUGAUAAAAUGAAUUCUACGAAUUUAGAAUUGAAAUAA